AAGGCAUCAUCAGCGCUCAGUCAUCAUAAAAUCACGAGUACUUUGCUUGACAAGUCCUUCCCUUCUAACUAUCUAACUCAACGAAAGACUACUACUACUACCAUGAUGCGUCUGUUCCUGUUGUUGGUGUCUGCUGUUGCUGCCUCUGCUUCUCUCACAGAAGAGCCCUUGAUGGGUGUCGCCGAAGACUGGUUGGCUGGACCUAAUAUGCUUGGAUCUCACUAUGGCAAUCCCAAGAACGGCUGCGCUGCGGACGAAAAGAUGUUUCGUGUCAUGGGCAUUGACGGAGAUUUGUGCACUCCUCCCUGUGGCGCCGGAGACUCGUGUCCCACGGAUGUCCCCGAUGGUGUCACGGCACAUCCCAUGUGUGGACUCAAGACGCCGGAUGGUACCAAGUACUGCCUCCUCCUCUGUCAGCCUACUAAAGGGCAGCUAGGAGAUGGCAUGUGCGGCGAUGCCAAGUGUCGCUCCGUCAAGGGACAACCCGGUGUGGGCAUUUGUACCUACGAUAUUGGGGAUGAAAAUGGCGAGGUUGAAAUCGAGGGUGCCGGAGCUUGGUAAUAAAGCACAGAAAGAAUCUCUGAAUUUAAAAGAUAUCAAGGACGAUGAAUGAUACAAGGCAACUGGGCAAUGGAAUACCUAGCCGUACAUUUAUGUUACUGAAAUCAUCAACGAAUUCGCAAUCUGCAGUUCUCUUCCAUACUGGAAGAGCAUUUUGUUAUUACUGAAGUAGAUAAUUCAGUACACUCUUCUGCAAGGAUGCAUUUCUAGGAUAACCAAGUUGACUUUCGUAUCACAUAAGCUAGCUAGGGAGACACGAUGCUACAGGCGGAAAUACGGUAGGAAUCUUGAAACAUGAGUCCUUUGGAACUGGUUGUGGCUCCAAUGUUGCAAAGACAAUAGUUCAGGCCCAUGGUGGAUGGGUGGAAGACGAGUGACACAGUUUGCUUGUAGCUAGCAGACUACUAGUUGCUGCCACGAAAGCAGAGAACUGACCUGUGAUACCGAUCGAUGCUGGAACCAAAUAAGCCCAAGCACAAUAAAGGUGACGGACGAGGAAUAUUGGACCCGCUGCAAGAUGACAUCCAAUGACGACAGGGGCAAACCUAAGUAGCUAGCUCUCUCGUACCGAGAUCUUAGUAGAAACUAAUAGUUCUGGCU